AUGGCAGAGUCCCUCAAACCCCUGGUUCACAAACGAAAUAAGAAGCCAAAGCAAACAUCACGGAGCUCUAAAGUCGUAUUUGAUAACACAGCAGUAAACGAAACCACAUCUAUAGAGUUUCAAACAAAAGAAACAGAAACUUCAAAUCAAAAUAUAGCAGUUACAGAAGAAACAAGUGAGGGAGUAAAUGAUAUUGCCCAAGUUGUUAAACAAGACAUUGAAACAAGUAAAGUUGUCAGCUCACAGGAUGUGAAUACUUCAAAGGGAACAUUGUCCAAUGUGGAACAAGCUGACAUUGGUGUGUCUAUUUCAGGAAACUCAACCUCUCUUGUGGAUAGUAAUGAUGAUCCUGCUCUAUUAGAUGAUGAUAGCAAGAAUAGAGUGGUGCUAGUUAGUGAUACAGGAGGAACUGAACAGCAGAAUAGUCCUAAAAGACCACAGACUCUGCCAGAACUUCCAUCCAUGAACUCACAGCAGAAUGUGUCAGUCAGCAAGCCUGAGCAAGAAGCCAUCAUACCCAAGCCCCAAGAAGCAGAACCUGCUGCCUCAGCAUUGUCCCUUGCCUUUUAUAUGCAGCAGCACCAGUCAUCUACUGGACAGUUGCAGCAGCAACAGCAAGCUUCAGGAGAUGCAGUCAAUAGUACAGAGACUGUGAAACAUGUGUCCUCUUGUCCAGCUGUGAUUGAGGAUCCAAAUACACCUAUGUCCCGUGUAGUUUCCACUCCUAUUUCAAAAUCCAUCAGAAGUGAGGUUAAAACCUCGUCCACUCCAACAAUAAUUCAAGAAGAGAAAAGCCCUACUUUGCUGGCACAAGAAGCUCUUGCUAAAUCUCAGGUUCUUAAUUUUAGCAUUACAUCCUCAGUACAAGAUACAACAACAUCUUCAGCAAAUGUCAGAUCCAAUAUCAAAGACUCCCAGGCCAGUCAUGUUGACAGCCACACCAAGGUUGAUCAGGAGUUACUUGUUUCAGAAGCUUCACAGGUCAAACAUCCCGUGAGUGUUUCUGAAAAAUCCAGCAGUGACAAGGAACAGACCAAAGCCAAACAGCUGCAUUACCCUUCACUGGAAGGAGUCUCCAAACCAAACAGCAAGUCCAGGCUUGCUCCUAUGACACUGCAUGAGCUCUUGUCUCUCUACUAUAACCCAGAGCUGGCAUACAAUAACACUUUUGUUGAUGAGUUUAUUCAGAAAGAAGUACGAAAGGAGAACCAUGAGUUUGCCGAGAUCUUACUGAACUAUUUCCGAGCGAGGCACAAGUUUCAAAGUGCAGAGGAGGACAUCAAGACUCUGCAGAAAGAUUACUCAGCCUUGCAGAAGGAAGUGUGGAUCACUCACAUCAAAUCCAUUACUAUUCAGGGACAGUGCAGUGACCAGGUGAAAGUUCAUAAGGCUCACACCUACGAGCAGUGUGAGUUAAACGCAGAUGCGGUGGCAAAGGUGAAUUCUGUGCUGGACAACAUCCGCAAGCACAUCGCAGAAACUCUCUCCUUGUAUGCUUACUCUGCGCAGAUGUCAAAAUUACAGGUGGAGUCGUACAUCUUUGAUCUCUACAUGAGCUGUCCUGUGCUGCGAGACAUUCCCAAAAAUGCUGACAUUAAGGGCCGUCAGCAGGUGUUACCUGAUGAGCAGCACCAGAUCCAGCGCCUCAAAGAUUGCAUCAGCAUCCUCUUCAUGUUCCACCGCAAGCCUACCAGCGACACUGAGUUUGUCAACAAUAUCAGGCAAUGGACAACAAGAUUGGUGUCCUCACUCUUACGUUUGGCAACAUUUAGAGACCAUCUCUUUAUCCUCAACCAUCUGUUGAGAUGCCCAGCUGGCAUUGGCAAGUGGGCAGCAGAUCUGGUCCAGUUUCCAUCCCUCUCGUCCAGUCUUUCACAGCAUCAGUCCAAUUUUGGCGGUCCAGUGUUAGAUCACAUUGUGACAGCAAUGGCCACAGUUCUUUUGCCAACAAAGGCACGGGAAGAGUUCAUGUGCCAUAUGCGUGUCAACCUGACAGAGCAGAGUAUGCAGGAGGACAAGGCAUGGAUACUUGUGGACUCUGACGGGGAAGAGGAUGAGGAUCCUACAAAUUCCUGGCUGUAUCUUCACGAGAAUGAUAUUGUAGCUUUCCUUGGACAGUUCCCGCUGGCGGAUAUUUUCUCCCAUGUUCUGUUGAUGUCCAUGUCAGAGACAGGAAGUGUUGAUUACGAAAUCCGACGGAGUACAGAACCAAUGAUGAUUCAUCUGUUUGCCUUUGCAACCAUGUUGAUCCAGCUGUUAGGGAGUGGAUUGGCAACAUACAACAUGGCCCGUUAUAGACAGCUCAACAAACGCUUGGGGCGACUGAUUAGACAGGCUGUAUCAUUCGUAUCUGACCACUGGCUGAACUUCAAGACCUACUAUGGUCCUCUGGCAUCAGCAGCAAGCAUUGAAGGUCUUCAGAUGGAGUUUGAUCAGCUGUUUAUGCGGGCCACUUAUAGCAUCCUCAAAGGUCUGGAGGAUUUUCUGACAGAGCAUCCGCUUGGCUCUUGGCAGUUCAUGGCAGAUAUGCCAUACACUUGUGUUUCUGUAGACAGUAUGUGGCAGUUGCUAUGGAUACUUCACCAAGGCCACGGCCAGGUAGUCAACCUUGACCAGCUUCCACCUGUCAGUGCAUGUAAGGAGUACAUGGAAGACGCCAACAGCUGGCAGCAACUAGCUGACAACCUCAUGCACAUGCCUGCCUCCGAAGCCAUUUACCUGCUGACUACCUUUGCCAACAUGGCAAGCAGCCGAUCCUACGAAGAAGAAGGCUUCAUCCGCACCAUCACCCUGGAAGUCUUUGAGAUUGCUUACAUCUGUAGCCACACCAGGGAGUUCUGCUCAAAAGUAGGUCGUGAACUGUUAUCCAGCAUCAUCCAGACACAUCCAAAUUCUCUGUCGUUUCUCCUGGCAAGGGUCAAAGAAGUCAUGGCCAAGUUAGGAAAGAUGGCCCUCUACCUGUUCUCUGAUUUACCGCUCAGCAUCUGGCAGCCGUCGGACCCUGACAUGCUCAUCCUCCGCCAGUGGCUGUUCAACCAUGACCUGAGCUCAGUGGAGAACCAGCUGGCCAGAAUUAUUCUGGCAAAGAUCAACUGGGAUGUGUUUGAGCAGGGGACAAUGUCUUUUUUAGACAAAAAAAUAGGCCCAUUUUAUGAAAACGAAGAAGCUGAAAAAAAAAAAAUAAGUGCUGUAUGGGAUUCCAAAUCCCUGCUUUCCCUGCAAAACAACAGUGUUUUUUU